AUGUCUAAAAAACCUUGUACAUUAUCAAAAGAUAACCUUUUUCUUCGUUUAUUCACGGGUCUCAAUUCAAAUAAAGUCAUCUGUCAUGCUAUACGUGCCGAUGGUGAUUUUAGUGGUAAAGAAUUACGUAAUACUGUUUCGUGCAUCACAAUUGCUCUAGCUAUCUACGAUCUACAACUCCCCAUACGUGUAUGUUAUACACGUGCAGAAGAUAUGAAAUUGACCGGUCACCGUCACCCAGUUAAAAUUAUCAAUAAAGUUGGUUUUCUCAACAGUGAAAAGUUAAAAUCUCUCGAUAUUCGUCUCUAUGGUAAUGGUGGCUACUCGACGGAUCCAAGUCAAAUAAUGAUUGAACGUGCGACGUUACAUUGUGAUAACAUUUAUAAAUGUGAAAAUAUGCGAGUGAGGGAACGAGUUUGCCGAACAAAUCUACCGCGUAACACAGCAAUGAGAGGAUUAGGUUGUCCGCAAGAUCUCUUAGCAUCAGAAUUGAUUAUGGACUAG